AUGUAGAUUUCUUAAAAUGAAAAAGGAAAUAUGAUUCUAUAAAAUUAGUAACCAAACAUAUAUAAGAUUACAAUUGUAGGAUGGUAUAGGCUUAUAGGAAAAUCUAAUUAAAAUUAUUUGUUAAUUCAAAUAAAAAAUAGCGCUACUUAAAAUGUAAUUAGAAUAGUAUAUAAUCCAGUUAAAAUGCAGAUAAUGUGCUCUAUUUUAGAUGUAGAUUUAAUCCCUUAAGAUAUAACACUUCAAAUAAAACCCUAUUUACAAGAUAAAUGGUUUUUUAUCAGGAUAGGAGUAAAUUUAUAAGAUAAGAUUAGUAAUAAAAGCUACAUAUACUACACAAUUAUGUAUGAUUAAAAGAGUUAUAUUUCUCAAAGUCUAAUUUAUACAUCUUAAUUUAAUAUAUUUGAUAAUAAUAAUUUUGAGUUUUUCUUUGGAUCCAAAAGUUAUUAUCCUUAUAGUAGAUCAUGUGCAAUGUCUAAAUAAAUUUUAGCUUUUUUGGGGUAAUCAAAUGACUCUAAUUAAGGACCAUUUUUAGAAAUAUCAAUGUUUGAAACGUUUCUAUUGCCUAUGUUAUAUUUACAUUUCGAUUUUUUCAUGGCCUCUUCUAAUUCCUUAUAUAAUUUAAGUGAAAAUUUUAAAAUGUGCUAAUAAUUUUUAAUGGAUUAUUAGUCCUCUAUUGAUGCAAUAUUAGCAAUUUCUCCUCAAUACUUUGAUUAUGAAACUUAAACAAAUGUUUGGACUGAGUGGUACUAUUUAGCCUUGAGUAAAGACAAUCCAUUGAUAUAUGAUAAUAUAAUUGAUGAAAACUACAAUUCUAUUAAAGUUUUUACAUAUUAGUAUAAAUUAGACUAGUGGUAUAAAAUCACAAUUAAUCAAAAAAAGACAGAUAAUUCUUCAAGAUAAAUACAAAUUGGUUCAUUGAAAUUAUAUUUAGGAGGAUUUAUUUAAUAAUGUGAUGACUGUAUUUUAAAAAUAAAUGAUUAAGAAUGUCUUUAUUGUGCUAACUCUUCUGAUUAUUUAGAAGAAGGAAAAUAUUAUUCCUGCAAAUCUAGUUGCAAAUACCCUUUUCAAGUUUUACCUUAGACUAAGACAUGUUCUUUUGUUCAUGAUAAAGGAUUGUGCGAUGAAGGUAAAAACACAGGAACAGAUAGGUUUUUCUUAGAUGAAUGCACCUGUCCAAAAGGUCAAUACUAUGAAAUAAAUUAAAAAAAAUGCCUUAAUUGCCUAAAAUAUUGCACUUCUUGUAAAAAUGCAUAAUCUUGUUAUCCAAUUGAUAAUAUUGGUUAUAGUGGAUAUUGUGAUAAAAAUAGCUUUAAUAAUGGAAUAAAAUGUUUAUUAGAACUUCAAUUUAUUGAUUCAUCUUAAUCAGUCUUAUUGAAAGCACACAUUGAAGCAUAAACUGAUAUUUGGAUUGGAUUCUACUAUGAUUACUUAGGAAUAUAUUUAUUAGUUAAAUAGUUAAAUUAGCAAAAUUCAUUUUAUUCAUCAGAUGUUAAAAAUAUCAUUAAAUAUAAUUUAGAUGAUCCCCACUUAGUUUUUGGUAUUUAAUCUCCUUUAUUUUAAGACAAAUUUCCAUUAUGUGGGAGAAUCGGUAGAAACAACUGGAUAAUAAAGGGAGACUUAAGUAUGAGACCUUUUAUUAAUACUUUAUUCACAUUUUCAGAUGAGGAUUUAACAAUUAUUGCUGAUUUUAAAUUUUUGGAAUAUAAAGAAUCAUUUUAGAACAAUUAGUCUUAUAUUGCUAAUAAAAUUGAACUUUUGAUUACCUUUACAGUUUAACCAUAUUCCUAAACAGGAGAUUUCGCUUUUGAUUAAAUUAAAGGAUUUCAGAUCAAAUCUAAUCAAGGAAUUAUCAAUUUAAAUAAAAAUCUAAACUCAACUCCUUUUGUUAUUAAAUUAUCAUUUACAGCAAAUUAUUUUGAGCCUUGCUCUUAAUAAUAUUAUUCGUUAUUGUAAUUGGUUAGUCAAAAGACUUUAGUGUUUACACUAGGUUUAAAAGCUAACUAUCUUGACUAUCAAUAUGAUUUAGAAAUUUGCUCUUCUGAUGGUAACUGCAAAAAAUCUGCCCUUGUUAAAUUUAAUUAUUUAGAUCCUAAUAUUAUAAUAUUAAAAGUUGAAUAUUUAAAAUAUUCAGACAAACUCACUUCGAUUAAGUUUAACAUUUUGUUAAAUUAUGUAGAGGAUGAAUUUGAAUUAGAAAUCCCACAAAAUAUAUUUAUUAUUCCCCCAAAAUUUUAUGAUAUUGUAAUAGGAGGAACUUCUUUAUAAUAAAAGGAUCCUAUUAUUUAUUAUAGCAGACUUGAAGUAUAUACAGGAGGUUUUUAUUAUGUCAGCUAUGAUAAUUAAGAUUAUUGUUUUGUAUUUAUUAAUAGAUAGAAUAUGACUUGUAUUUUACCAAAACAAGGAUAUGCCUUAAAUAGAGAUGGAAUUGUGGUUUCAAUAACUGAUUGUAAUUAAAAUAUUUAAUAAAAUGAGUAUUUGUAUUAUUAUAAUAAGUAUACUAUGACUUGCGAGAAUUCUGGAGCUAUUUUACCUAAUUGCAGAAAUAUAAACAUUGAUAACUUCACUUGUAUUCAGUGUAUUGACGACUAAAUGAUUUUAUCUAAAAAUUGUUCUUGUCCUGAUGGAAUGUAUUUGGAUCUACUUUCUUAAACUUGCUAAAAAUGCUCUGAAGUUUGUAAAACAUGCUCAGGUGAUCAAAAUAAUUGCUUGGAAUGCAAAAAAUAAAAUUAGAAUCCUCCUUUAUGUAGCUGCAUUUAACAUAACUUUUACUUAGAUGCUAAUUUGAAUUGUUAAACUAACAAUGCAAUUCGUGCACUUAAAAUAAGUCUUAUUGUAUAACUUGCAGCGAAGGAAGAAUUAACCCACCAUUAUGCUAUUGUAAUCCUGCUUUUAAUAAAAAUAUUAUUACUGAUCCGAUUACAGACCCGUGUAUUCCUAAAAAUUGCCCAUAUAAGUGCUUGGCUUGUGAUCUUAAUUACUAAUGUGUUUAAUGUAGGGGAGAUAGGAUUUUCCCUCCUUAUUGUUUAUGCAGACAAUAUUACUAUGAUGACUCCAUAACACAAAAUGAACUUUGUUAAAAAUGUGAUGAUGGUUAUUAUUUCGAUGAAUAGCAAUAAAAAUGUGUUAGUUUUAAGAAAUAAAUUAAUUGAAGAAUAUUAUGAAUCCAAAUGA